AUGGACUUCAAUGAUCCAGUUUUUGGAGGUGAUGGUGAUCCGACUGCUUCUUAUUGUCCAGAUGAAGAAGACAAAUCCCCUCCCCACUCGACUCCUCUUCCCUCCUCUCCUCAACACUUGCCAGAAUCCCAAAGAUCAUCAAAGCGUGCGAGGCAAGCAUCCCUGGAGUCAGGCAACGAAGAUGACAUCAUGUGUGAUACCAAUACUCAACUCGACUUUUCUCGUUUGCCACCAUUGACCCAUAUGGAUAAAGUCUGCUCUGCACUUAAAGCCCUUCAUCAUCUUGAUGAUGAGCAUGAUAAGAUUGCUCACAAAGCAAGCACCUGUCCCACACCCGAGAGGCAUGCAAAUGUCAUGUAUGCUCUUCUUGCGGCCCAACAACAUCAGACCUCAGUUGAAGCAUUUGUCCCAUACGGUGACACAUUCAAGACUUUUGUGAGGACAAACGCCCGAAUGUCGUUCCUCAUUCCGACUCUUGAGGCUUACUCAAACAAUCCGAAUAAAAGUGGGGCACUCCCCAAGAGUCUGUACUACCUUUUGUUGGAUGCUGUUCACAAACAGCCUGACGAGUGGAGAGACGACAACCUUCCUCCAAAACAACUCAAAGGGGAGGCGCCAGCUAUGAAAAUGUAUGCUCAAGUCGUCGGCGAAUUGUUAAAACACCAACGAAGUCACCUUCGUGUACUGAUUCUGAACAACAUCCUCGAGACCAAAAGAAUUGAGAUUACAGGUCCAGUCCCUAAUCGACAUGCGUUGGCCACUUCGAUCUAUUCUGACCUCCCGCCCGAAAACCGAAAGUGGACUGAAGAACAGAUCAAGACCCGAGUCGAAUCCAACUGGCUCAUGCGAAUUCGUAUGGCCUAUCUUCGACUCGUUCUUGUUUACUACUACACUCACCCAUCAUCAAAGGGUACACAAUGGGGUGCAAUUGACGACCAACUUGCAAUCCUCCGGAAUUCAACUUCUGAGUUUCAAACCAUGCAUGCAACCCUUGUCUUAAAAAAGGAUAAGGAGCUAUUUUCACAUGGAAGGUACUUCAAAAAGAUCCCAAAGGAACACUUCACUGUUCCUUCCGUCGAUGAUGUCAUCAUUGCCCUUUCUGAAAAAGAAGCGACUCGAGAAAUGCGAGCUUCGCAAGCAUCGACUUAACUUGACUCAUCUUCUCAUUUCCUGCCUUUGUUUCAUAUUCGUUAUUUAUUUCUCUUUUUUUUAUUGAUCCUUUCUCUGUACAUGUUAAAAAACCUGAUUGCUAUCAGAUUAGCGAGUGUUUUCAAGCAAUAAAAGCAACUUCCAGCCUGCGCGUUGCAUCCUUGCGCUAGCCUACACCCUGAGCGGCCGACAGUGAGUGUACUGCCAGCCGCGGGGAACUGUUUCUCCGACGAGCUCCGGUUGACAGCUGACUGUACGGUAUCGUCAGCAGCUGCCGUCGAGCCACCACUGGCUGUUCCUGCAAAGCCAACGAAUACACUUGACGACAAGCCUUGGUCUGCUCCAGCUGAGAAUCCUACGUUCACAGUUGACCGCAAGCACUCGCCAGCUGCCAUCGGCAGGCCAACAUCGACUGUCAGCCCCAUGUCGACGUAAUGCAGUCAGGGAGGCCGCCGCAAACCAG